AUGGGUGUGCAAAUUAUGAAAUAUCGUACAGCAAUACGAAAAUUUGUGAAGGAAGUGCGGGAUGGUAAGCUAGAAAAAUGUGAUAGAAAAUCUUUACAAUCUGCGCUUAAUGAGGGUGGGAAAGAGGCUGUGGAAAAGUUAUUAAAGGUCGCAUUUUUGGAAUAUUCCAUGAAUUUCAUGUCUGAUGGAGAUAAGCAAAGAUUUAACUCUUUGAAACAAUUAAGCGAUCUUAGAUUUCCAGCAGAGUGGCAUCCAGCUGCAAGAACUAUACAGCGCAAGAUCAUACUUCAUGUCGGUCCCACAAAUUCGGGAAAAACGUAUAACGCUUUAAAGUGUUUAGAGAAUGCAAAUUCUGGAGUGUAUUGUGGUCCUUUACGUUUACUUGCACAUGAAGUUUUUGACAGAUUUAAUAAUAAGGGUGUUCCAUGUAAUCUUGUGACUGGAGAGGAAAGAAGGGUGUUAGAAGGGAUUAAUGUACCUUUGACGUCUUCGACUAUUGAAAUGGUUAAUCUACAAAAACAAGUCGAUGUAGCUGUAAUCGAUGAGAUUCAGAUGUUAAGCGAUCAACAACGAGGAUGGGCAUGGACGCAAGCCCUUUUGGGUUUGCAAGCUAAAGAGAUUCAUAUAUGUGGAGAGCCUUCGGCUGUGCCACUUGUUAAAUCGAUUUGCCAAAGUAUCAACGAGGACAUUGAAGUUCGGGAAUAUAAACGUCUUUCUACUCUUGAAAUAUGUCCAAAAUCUCUUGACGGUGAUCUUAAAAAAAUCAAAAAAGGCGACUGCGUGGUAACUUUUUCCAGGAAAUCAAUAUUCAGUCUAAAGCAUGAGAUCGAAGCAGCUACUGGUCUUCGCUGUGCAGUUGCAUAUGGUAGUCUUCCACCUGAAACUCGGUCGCAACAAGCAAAAUUAUUCAAUGAUCCUAAUAGUGGAUUUGAUGUUCUGGUUGCAAGUGAUGCUAUUGGAAUGGGUUUGAAUUUAAAUAUUAAGCGAAUAGUAUUCGAAUCUGUAAAAAAAUAUGAUGGAAUAGGUAUACGACAUAUCCCCAUUCCUCAGAUUAAGCAAAUCGCUGGACGAGCUGGUCGGUUUGGUACUGAAAACACUAUUGGCGAAGAUACGGAUUUGAGAUAUGUACAUCAAGCAAUGGAAGCUCCACACAAAGAUUUAGAGAUGGCAGGAUUACAACCUACAAUGGAAAUGGUAGAACUCUUUGCUCAUCAAUUACCAGAUGUUAAAGAGUUUGCGAUUCUCUUGGAAAAAUUUGAAGAUUUAGCUCGUGUAGACGGACAAUACUUUUUAUGCAAUUUUCAUACGCAAAAGCUUAUUGCAAAUACAAUUGAACUUAUUCCAAUGACUAUUCCUGAGCGAUUCAUUUUUGUUACCGGACCCAUAAACACAUCAGAUCAACGAAGGCCUUGUAAUAUCUCAAAAAUUGUCACACUUCCAGAAAACGUACCUCAUAAUGACGAAAUGCUUGGUGAUCUUGAAUCCGUUCAUCGUACACUUAUGCUAUAUCUAUGGUUAAGUUACAAAUUUUCAGAUACAUUUGUCGAUGUAGAUUUGGCUCGUGAAAUGAAACUUAGAUGUGAGACAAUCAUCCAUGAUGCAUUGCAAAAGCUUAAAACUUCAAGGAGGAGACCUCGUAUCACCACUAGUGUUCCGAUUCGGAUUAAAAAACUCGGUUUGAACUGA